UCAGCCUGGAGGGCGGGCAGGAGGCUGCGGUGGCCCAACCCUCCCUCGGCGGCUCUUGGCUCCCCAGGCAGGCAUGGCGACCUCCACCACCUCACACCGGCCCAUCAAGGGGAUACUGAAGAACAAGAGUUCCACUGCUUCCUUGGUGACUGCCUCUGCCCAGCAGUCGGGAGGGACAUUACCGGAGGUAAAGAGAAAAAAGUCCCAGAAAUGGGACGAAUCCAACAUCAUGGCCACACAACGUCCAGCCUACAGAGACUACGAUUUAAUGAAGAUCAACGAGCCCAGCAGCCCCUACUUCAGCCCACAAGACAAUGGAGAAGAGCCAGUUAAUGAUUUGGAAGCAAAGGAAGCCAUGACCCCAGACAUCUUAGCCAAGAAAUUAGCCGCCAGUGGUACCUCGGAGUUGAACUGCCAGUUAGGAGAGCCGGAGAGUGACGGGGCACACAGCAGCAAGAUCCUACUCGACAAGCAAGAAAAGCAGCGGCAGUUCGAAAUGAAAAGGAAACUACACUAUAACGAAGGACUGCACCUCAAGCUGGCUAGACAACUGAUCUCCGAAGAGUUCCAACAAGAGAAAGACAAGGAUGACAACGAAGAAACUCUAGAUGACGACAACAACGAAGGCAACACCGCUACGGAAGAAUCGGAUGAAGGUCCUACAAGUGACGAACUGCAAACCCAGUCAUUCUCUGCCUAGACAACAUCUGCUCUGCCCUGCCAUCGCUUGCCAUACGAACUGCUACGAACUGCUACGAACUGUUACGAACUGCCACGAACUGCUACGAACUGUUACCAACUGCCACGAACUGCUACGAACUGUUACCAACUGCCACGAACUGCUACGAACUGUUAACGAACUGCCACGAACUGCUACGAACUGUUAUUCCAACACGCUGCUUCUUGCUUGUCGAGCCCCGGCUUCCGGUACUGAAAAUACCUAUCAGUUAAACUGUACCUCCAUAAUUCAGUGGUGAAUUUA